GUUUGAAGGAGGUAAAUUCGUUUCUUCAAGGUCACGACUAAACAAAUUUCACUAUGGUUGAAAAUUAUGAAUAUAUGCCAAGAGCAAGGCAAGACCCAGAUAUUGAAUAUCCAUUGACAGUGAAAUAUUGUGGUGAAUGUACAAUGCCAUUAGAGUAUUGUGAAUUUUCACCGUUUCCUGAUAAAUGUCGAUUAUGGUUAGAAAAAAAUCUGCCUGAAGAAUUUGAACGACUCACUACUGAUGGAGGGGAGUCGAAUCAAACUGAAGCAGCGCCUAAAGGACGUCAAGUAAGAGGUGGCAAGGGUACAAUCAAGAAACCAGUUAAACAACAGAUAGCAGUUUUCAAGACAUCAAGAGGCAAGAAAAAGUAUACAACCAGUGUUACCGGAUUGUCUACAUUUGGAAUCGAUUUGAAAGCAGCUGCUAAAGUAUUUGGUCGUAAAUUUGCAACUGGUAGUUCCGUGACUGGGAAUGGUGAUGAAAUUGUUGUACAAGGUGAUGUAAAAGAAGAAUUAAUCGAAACAUUAAUGGAAAAAUGGCCAGAAAUUGAUGAAGAUUUAAUAGAAGAUCUUGGCGAAAUGAAACGAUAAGCUAAAUAUAUAUAUAUUUUGUUUAUGAAUGGAAAAUACUUUGUCACAUGUUGUUUGUUGUACAGUGCUGUUAUUAACUAGUCUUAUUGUCUUGCUGUUUUUAUUUUGACUGGAAGUAUAAUAUAUUUUAUACGAAUUAA